AUGAAAGCGACAUUUGUUUUAACUGCAUUAUCCAUCGUUGGAUCCAUCGCUAAUGCUGCACUUGUUGUUGAAACUGUAACUGAAUAUGUAACAGUAAGUAAACUUAUCCAUCCAGAUGGUUCUACCUCGUUUGUCACUGUUGGUGACCCACUUGAAACUCCACCUCCAGUCCCUACCCCUGCUCCUCCAGCUGAACCGGUUGAAGAACAACACGUUGAACAAGUAGCUGCACCAGCGCCUGAAGCUCAACCAGAACCACAAGUUCAACCUCAACCAGAGCCUGUGCCAGAACCUGUUCCACAACCUAGUCCAGAACCUCAACCUCAAGCAGCACCAGCACCGGCACCCGCACCAGCACCUGCACCUGAACCACAACCAGCUCCUCAACCUGAACCACAACCUGCACCGCAGCCUAAGCAAGAAGAACAAGUACAAUCUAGCGGUAGUGGAUUCGCCCUGGAAAUCCUUGAUGCUCAUAACAGAAAGCGUGCUUUACAUGGCUCUCCAGCAUUAGCAUGGGAUGCAGGAUUAGAAAGCUACGCCCAAAGUGUUGCCAACUCUUAUGACUGUUCUGGAAGCUUAAUACAUACAAAUAGUCCAUAUGGUGAAAACUUAGGUGUUGGAUAUAAAUCCGGUUCAGCGGUUGUUGAUACUUGGUAUAAUGAAAUUAACGGAUAUAAUUUUAAUUCUUAUCAAUAUAACCAUUUCACUCAAGUUGUUUGGAAGGGUACUACAAAGUUAGGUUGUGCUCAAAAGGAUUGUAGUGCUAAGAAUUGGGGAUAUUAUAUUAUUUGUAACUAUUCUCCAGCUGGGAAUGUGCGAGGACGAUUCCCUGAGAAUGUUGUACCACCCUUGUCCUGGUAA